ACUGCCUUUAGUCCAGAGCGCGUGGAUGUAGACCAGGAAUACAUUCAUGUUCCCUGAGCUCCAGGAAAAAACAACCCAAGCACCUCAACUUCUAAAAACGGUUUCCUAAAAAAUACAAUUUCCAAACUAUUUUACGCAAGAGUUGUGAGUAUUCACAGACCAACAAUACGAGAAAAAUAACACAAAAACGAAGAUAUAGCCUAAUUUUACUGUUAUGAAUCGAGAAUGAGUACCACAGAAGACAGCGGAAGCAAGUGCUCGUCGGCCCCAAUUUCCAGCUUCACUAUUCAGUCGAUAUUGGGCACGUCGUCGGAGAAGCCACGGUCGGGGGCGAAGGAGAGUUCCAAGGGAUUGCAGCUGGCGAGGAAGCGCUCGCUGUCCGUGUCUUCAGAAGAGGAGUGCAGCGGUGGGGAGGACUCUGCAGAAUGUUUCUGUUCGGAUCCUGGUCACAGCGAGCCAUGCAACCAACAUCAACCACUUAAUUUUUCAUGUUUAGGUGCAACAACGGGACUUAUUUCAGGCCGUGACGGGAUUGCACGGCGAACGCACUUGACACAGCCUCUGCUACAGGAUUACAAAGAGGAAAAAGAGAGACCAUGCAAUCCAAUGUCACCUAUUUCCGAGGAGAGACAGACAGACGGUGCGGACAAGCAGAGCAACUCGUCCAAGAAGAAGACUCGUACCGUCUUCUCGCGGAGUCAGGUGUACCAGCUCGAGUCCACGUUUGAUAUGAAGAGGUAUUUGAGCAGCUCCGAGCGAGCCUGUUUAGCAUCCAGUCUACAGCUAACAGAAACUCAGGUGAAGACGUGGUUUCAGAACCGCAGGAACAAAUGGAAGCGACAACUGUCGGCGGAACUGGAGGCCGCGAACAUGGCACACGCCUCCGCACAGACACUGGUCGGAAUGCCGCUUGUUUUUAGAGAUAGCUCCCUGCUCCGGGUACCAGUUCCAAGAUCUAUCGCUUUUCCAACGCCACUAUACUACCCUGGCAGCAGCCUACCAGGGUUACCAUUGUACAAUCUGUAUAACAAGAUUGAAUAUUGACUUAAUGCCUGUGAUGAGAGUCCACAAAAAUAACACGUUAUCACACUACCGUAGCCUACAUUCGUAUACAUGUCUGGCAUAACUCAUGUCUAUUAUAUCACUUUAUUUGUUGAAAAUAUAUAUUUCUUAUUAUGCAGCAACUGUAUGUUUAACAGGAAGCAACACAUUUAUCUAUGGGCGGCAGGUAGCUUGGUGGUUAAGAGCGUUGUGCCAGUAACCGAAAGGUCGCUGGUUCUAAUCCCCGAG